GUAACACUUAUCCGACAUCCUUCCGAAUUCAUGAACGUCCCUCUUCAUCAGCAACAAAACAAAUGCACGACAUUGGUGAAAAAUAAAACUGCGGCGGCCGCCACCGCUUUACAAUUUACAUGCCCUCUGUUCACGGCCAAUGCUUGCUCUGCUGCGGGGGUUUCGAGCCUCUCACAGACGCAGGGUUCUGGUAACCCAUGUUCUAUACUCGAAGCUGCCAAGCAUCAGGACAUUGGAUUGCCUAGAGCAUUUUCUUUCUGUUACCAGCAGGAAAUUGAAUCCACUAAACAGACUUUGGGCAGUAGAAACAAAGCUUUGCCUGAGCAGGUUUGGAUUAAAGUAGGAGAAGAAGCGCUAUGUAAGCAAGCCAUAAAUAAGAGGAAUCGGAGUAGAAUACGUCAGCUGGACACAAAUGUAGAACGAAGAGCCCUUGGAGAGAUUCAGAACGUGGGCGAAGGCUCGACCACCACACAGGGCGCUUGGCCGCCUGCGGAGUCCUCGCAGGCAAACCUCGGGGAGCAGACCCAGAGCGGGCCCCAGGGAGGAAGGUCGCAGCGUAGGGAGAGGCACAACCGCAUGGAAAGAGAUAGAAGGCGCAGAAUCCGCAUUUGCUGUGAUGAGUUGAAUCUUUUAGUCCCGUUCUGCAAUGCAGAGACGGAUAAGGCGACCACCCUGCAGUGGACCACGGCGUUCCUGAAGUACAUUCAGGAAAGACAUGGAGAUUCUCUUAAAAAGGAAUUUGAGAGUGUGUUUUGCGGUAAAACUGGCAGAAGGCUCAAGUUGACCAGACCAGACUCCUUGGUGGCGCGUCCUGCGCAGGAGAGCCUACAGAGCAGCCCAGCCAUGGAUGUCAAGUGACCAGAAGGGACCGCUAGUUCCCGGCAGUGGCGGCUGCUGCCCGGGGGCCCCGAGCGUCUGUGCAGCCCCGGAGCCCUGGCGGUCUGGCUCUGGGGGACGUGAGUCCAGUUGAGGGGCCUCUGUGGGGACGUUACAGCACGUUUUAUAAAGAUGUUUGUCUAGAACAAAAUACUUAGCCAUUCGUGUCCUCUUAGACCAUUUGGGGAUGAAGACAUGUUGACAAUUAGCAAGAAACUUUUCAAUUAUCUGCCUGAUUCCAUCAUGUUUUCUUAACAUGAUAACUUCAAAAAUUAACAUCCUUUGUAAUUUCCUUAGUCUUCCAAGGUACACCGCUUUUUACUUAUUUUAUUUACAUUUUAAAUAUGCCCACUUAGCAACUGGAACAAGUUAAAUUGUUCUUAAUUAGAAGUAGUUUGGAAAUUUUACUCCUUUGUUUUUCCCUCCCCCGUGCUGACUUCAGUCACAUGGGACCGCGUUGUGAAAUGCGGUCCGUGUCCAGCCCUCUUGCUGGACAUUUUCCAGAGACUCCCUUUGAAGCCACUUUUGUCCAUAAAUGAGAUAUUGUCACAGUGGAUUCCUUCAAUGCCCUCAUUUUCAUAUUGAGAGUCAUUACUUUCUGUGUAAUAAACUGUAGUGUUUGGAACUG